UUAGUUUAUCACGUGGCUGCCGGGUGUGUCUGUCCAACUGACAUGUCCGUUUCAAGUCUCGUCAAAGUCUCUACUAAGUGCACUGAUUUUAAGAAUGAAGCCAGCGCACAUUAAGAAGCACGUUUUGCGAAUGGAGCCUGGUAUACGUGCCGCUGUUUUCUCACUCCGAUCACUUUUCCUCCAACUUUCCCUAUGAAGUGAAACGGAACUGAAUUUUUGUACCAUCCGGAACUGCUUCAAGUUCAGAUCAUAACAAAGAAACUGAAGACAAACCUCCCUAAAACAAGCAAAGUUGCAACACUGAAGACACGCAGGGGAAAAAAUAAAAAAGGAUCACUUCAAGGGUUCAAAACGCAAGAAGUAACCAAAUCCUGAAACGACCAAAGAAGACGCACAUCAGCUCAACCGAAACACAGAAAAGAAGCAAGCCUAUGCCCAAGCGUAUUCUGAACUGAUCUGAAACCAGAAGUUUGUGCCUACUCAACAGCUUUGACAAAGCACACGUCCCAACGCUGCUCUUAGCCCUCCUCAUCCUCACCACACCUCAGACUCACCGCCGGGGUGUGGAGUGGGCUGCUAUCUGCUAUUUUUUUUCCCCUCCUCCCCAUAGUUCCCCGACCUCCCCUCUCUUCUCUUCUCACUGUUUUUCUUUGUAACAUUUUCCAAGCAGUGUUAUUGCACCUGCGUUUGCCUUUUUUGUGCCAGACCCCCCCUCCACACAUAAUUUUUUGCUUUGUGCAACCAUCUAGAACUUGUGCCAGAAACGUGUAACAAGUGUGUGUGUGUGUGUUCAACUGUGUGCAUGAAGAGAUCUGCAGGAACUGUAUAGUCAUCAAGAUCCAGAGAAUAACAAGAUACAAGACGACAAAUAAAGACAUCCAGCGGUGUAUCAUUGGGUGGUAACAUUAAUAAAUAGUGCUUAAACGUCAAGCAAAAAAACCAUCAAAACAAGUAAUCAAGUGCUCAAGCAAGUUUGGUCCGAGUUUAUGGGAAAAUAUGGGCAGCCCCUGGAAAGGCUUUGUUGAGUUUACCUUGCCUGCGUCGCCACCCACCGCGUUUGUUAGCGCUGACCUGAGCAGCACCUCCCCUGUCGGACUCAGCCUGUCGCCAUAUGGCCGCUCCCAUAUUCAAGUCCUCUCCCCCGUGUCAGAAAUGGAAAGAGGCUCCUCUGAACCGCCAGUGGCUCGCAACACUGGCUCUGCCCCAUCCACCUCUACCGGUCCCAUGUCUAUCCCCCGCUCCUCCUCCGUCUCUUGCCACCCCCAACCAGGAAGCAAAAAACACAAGCGGACUCCCUUGUAUCAGAGAUCAAUGAGUUUUGACCCAGGAAUGCUCCAUAACAAUGGGCACACUGCAUACGCCAAUGGCUCAGGACCAGGCAUUAGAGAGACUGGCGUGGUGGAGAAGCUUCUGACUUCCUAUGGGUUCAUCCAGUGCUCUGAACGUCAGGAUCGUCUCUUCUUCCACUGCUCUCAGUACAAUGGCAACCUGCAGGAUCUCAAAAUAGGAGAUGAUGUAGAGUUUGAGGUAUCCUCUGACAGGCGCACUGGCAAGCGCAUAGCAGUGAAGCUGCUUAAGAUAAAGCCAGAGGUGCUGCCAGAGGAGCGCAUCUCGGGCCAGGUGGGGCCAGACCUGCACGCCUAUCCCUUUACUGUGCUGCAUGGUUAUAUUCAUCCAGUUGUCUCAUCAAUCCCAGUGCACUUGGAUGGAAAGUCUGGUCCUGUGCAGGUUCCCAAUGGCAGUGUCUGUUAUGAAAGAAAUGGGGAAGUGUUCUACCUUACCUACACUCCUGAGGAUGUAGAGGGUAACAUCCACCUGGACACCGGUGACAAAGUCAGCUUUUACAUGGAGACCAACAAACACACUGGUGCGGUUAGUGCUCGUAAUAUUCAGCUGGUGAAGAAGAAACAGAUGCGGUGCCAGGGUGUGGUGUGCGCUACAAAGGAGGCCUUUGGAUUCAUCGAAAGGGCUGACGUGGUGAAGGAGAUCUUCUUUCACUACAGUGAGUUCAAGGGUGAUUUGGAGGCUCUGCAGGCUGGAGAUGAUGUCGAGUUCACCAUCAAAGACAGAAAUGGUAAAGAAGUAGCUACUGAUGUGAGGCUGCUCCCUCAAGGAACGGUCAUUUUUGAGGAUAUCAGCAUUGAGCAGUUUGAAGGCACUGUCGUCAAGGUCAUUCCCAAGGUUCCCACCAAAAACCAGAACGACCCUCUCCCAGGUCGCAUCAGUUCUCGAAUUGGUUUCACUGACAAGGAGCUGCCGUUCGGGGAGAAGGACACAAAAUCCAAGGUGACCCUUUUGGAGGGCGAUCACAUUCAGUUCAACAUCUCCACCGACCGCAGAGACAAGCUGGAGAGGGCGACGAACAUCGACGUCCUCCCAGACACCUUCGACUUCACCAAGGAGACGCGUGAAAUGGGGGUGAUUGCGGCUAUACGCGAUGGCUUUGGCUUCAUAAAGUGUGUGGAUCGGGAUGCUAGGAUGUUCUUUCACUUCAGUGAAGUGCUGGAGGAGAGCCAACUGCACAUCUCGGAUGAAGUGGAGUUUACUGUUGUGCCUGUAGGUCCUGUUAAUAAGAUUUUCACCAAAGAUAUGCUGUCUGCUCAGAGGAACCAUGCCGUGCGCAUCAAGAAGCUGCCCAAGGGCACUGUGUCUUUCCAUACCCAGUCUGAGCAGCGCUUCAUGGGUGUGGUGGAGAAAGAAGUUAUUGCUGUCACCACAAAGAAUGUCAGUCCUACCAAGGGCAAGGAGAAGAAAAAAGACAAGGGUAAAGUCGUAGAAAAGGAAUCGGAGGAAGGAGUUAUUGGAUAUGAAGACUGUGGAGUGAAGCUCACUGUGGCAUACCAUACUAAAGACCUAGAGGGAGGAGGUCUCCCACAGGCUGGAGACAAGGUGGAGUUCUCUAUCAACGAAGUGAAGCGAACUGGCCAGCAGAGCGCAGUCUCCAUCAGGGUCCUCAACCGUACCUCCUCCAAUGCCAAGAGACUACAUGGAUUUGUUGCCACACUGAAGGACAACUUUGGCUUCAUUGAGACAGCAAAUCAUGACCAAGAGAUUUUCUUUCACUACAGUGAGAUGUGUGGAGACUUGGACAGUUUGGAGCUGGGCGACACAGUGGAGUACACGCUCUCUAAAGGAAAAGGAAACAAAGUCAGUGCUGAAAAGGUUACCAAAGUGGCUGCAGUGAAUGGCAUUGGCGAGGAUGUUGGUGCGGCAGUGAUGAUGGGCAAAGUCAUCCGUCCUUUACGCAGUGUAGACCCCUCCCAAACAGAAUACCAAGGGCUUAUUGAAAUCACAGAGGAAGGUGGAACAAAAGGUCCAAGUUAUCCCUUUGGAAUCAUGGGUAUGGCCAGCAAGGCAGAUUGUCUGCAGAAAGGAGAACUUGUGAAGUUCCAGGUUUGCACAGUAUCCCAGACUGGACAGAAUAUGGCCUAUAGUGUUGUCCCCCAGCGUAGAGCCUUGGUGGAGUGUGUCAAAGACCAGUUUGGCUUCAUCACAUAUGAGGUCGGUGAGAGCAAGAAACUGUUCUUCCACGUAAAAGAAGUGCAAGAUGGCCUGGAGCUCCAAACCGGGGAUGAGGUGGAGUUCUCGGUCGUCCUUAAUCAACGCACAGGAAAAUGUAGUGCCUGCAAUGUUCGCAGAGUCAGCGAGGGGCCUAAACCAGUGGCAACUCCUCGCCCUGACCGUCUGGUGAACCGAUUGAAGAGCAUCACCCUUGAUGAUGCCAGUGCUCCUCGUCUGGUCAUCGUUAGACAGCCCCGCGGUCCUGACAACUCAAAGGGCUUCAAUGUGGAGCGCAAGACUCGUCAGCCUGGCGUCAUCGACUGAGCAAUACAGAGCCUAACCCCCCAUUCAGUGUUGGUGGGAUGUGGCAACAGCAGGAGAUAAGGGAAUUUGAUUUGACACAUGCUUGUACACACAAACUCAUACAUAAAACACGAACACGCAUACAGUAAUCGGCAUGUGUAAUCUUUGUCCCCAUCGAUACCUGCGAGGGAACCUUUGUCAUUUCAUGGUUCCCUGCCUCCCAUGUAUGAUGUACUUGAUAUGGAGUCCACACUGCAGUGUACAUGGGAUCUCUGAGUGUGUGUGUGCGUGCGUGUGUGUGUGUGUGUGUGCGCGCCGUAUCCUAGAAGUGAUUAGUGUGUAAUGGAGGUAUAUGUUUCUGAGGGCCUUGCCCCUCUAAAAUCAGAGUGAUGACUGUGUGGCUGUCUGUGUCCCUCUCUUUUGAAUCUGCUUUGUCUGGAAUUCUGCACCUGUCCUUUGUCCUGUAGUCUGCCUGGGUUGAUGAGUGCGUAUGUCGGCAUGUCUUUGAGCUUCUGCUCCUGUUUCUUUUUCUCAUGUUUGCCCCUUAAUCCAUGGAAACUUCAAAUGGUUUCAUUUGUCAAGUUUCCACUUUCUGUAUGCUUUCCUACAAAACGUAUAUAAAGCAAAGUUCCCUCCAUAAGGAGGAUCAUAUUUCUCAUAUGUGCGAGCUUAAACUGAGGAUUCUUCGCUGCUCGUUUUUUUUGAGCAGUUUUAAAAUGCUUUAUUGAAGAGCUGAAGUGAAAGCAUGGUUUGUGAUGUAUGUGAAUGUCGAAGUAGUUAAUCUAAUGGGUUUUACUUUAGCAAUCUGGAGCCUUUAGAUACCUUUUUGGUAUUCACAUGCUCCACUUAAGCAAAUUUUCCCGGGUGCAGAAUUCCUUGUGGCAUCUUAUAUCUGCAGUUCUUUUAUACUAUGUUUUUUUUUUUUUUUUCUUGCACAUGUUUUUGCUUUUGUUUUUUGUUUUUUUCAUUAAAACUCAAUCUGCUAAUAUUGAAUUAAGUAAGAGAUAAGGUGCCUAAAAACUACAAGCAAAGUGACAUAAAAAAAUAAAAAAUGUAAAAAAAAACAAAAAAGUAUCCUGUUCCCAGCCAACCGCCAAAAUAUUCAGAACAAUCUUAGGGUGGCUAUCUUUUCUAGUAGAGAUAAUACUGAUAUGCAUCCCAAACCUCUGGGUUGAACUAUACUGUAUGUAAUGUGUGCUUUUUUUUUUUCUUUUUUUUUCUUAGUGGAAGUUCAAACUUCAGAUAUAAUAAAACAAAUUUAACUUAAAUAAUAUGGAAGGUAAAGUAUUAGAAAAUCCAGUUUAUUAAAAAAAAGCAUUCAAAUUCAGGAUAUCAGUUAUAGCGCUCUGGAGAAGUGGUGGGUGAACUGUUGUGCCUCUGCACAUUUAAGUUGCAGUCAAAAUUACUUUCAACUUCAGAAAUCACCAGGGUUCAGUUAAACCACAUUCAGAGGUUCUCAUGUACUUUUGUUAAUGGUCUUGAAUGAAACAAUUGAAUUAAAAGUUUUAUGAAAAUCA